GUGACAAAAUAGGAAAAAAGGUAAACAAACAUAUGGCACGAAAUGGAUGCUAGGAAAAAUUGCAAAUACAAACCCCUGGCCACCAAUGGAAAUGGUACACAGAGUGGAGAUGGUGAUUGUUCUACGCCUACGCCAACGGAAAAGGUUUUUCCGAAGCCAAAUGACAAGAAGUGGUGCAUCAUUUGGAGAAGUAUCAACUUCAUCAUGGUCGUGUUCUUCCUCCUUGCAGCAUUUGUCAAUGUGAAUGAUCCAGAUUGGAUUCUGUGGGUGCCUAUUUACCUGGUACCGGCUGUCUUCUCCAUUUCUAUUGUAAUAAGUCCCACACUACCAGAUAAUGAGGUAUGGAGAAUGUCUUGUGUUCUCUGCCUAGCCUUGAACAUAGCCCAUGCUAUUUAUUUGAGUGUCCUUGUGCUGGAAGUUCUUAGCGGGAGGAUUGAGAACCCCAUUCAACAUGAGGAGGGCAGGGAACUCGCUGGUACAGUGAUCAUAAUCAUCUGGCUUUCUCUUUGUGCAUUUACGUCAUUGGGAAGGUCGAAGCCGGGUCAAGGUGCUAUGAACAUGCUGCUGCUGAUGACAGGAGUCUUUGGAACGCUUCCAUUAUUUCUGUGGGGGUUAUGCUUUGUGAGUGACUGGCAUACGAGAAUAGGACACUGCAAGGAUAUGUUUAGAUCGUAACAUUGUACGCCUAUUUCAUGUUGGACAGUGCCCGAUGAUGAUAGUCUGAUGACGUUGAUGAUAGUCUGUAGGUUUCCUGCAUUUUGAUAUAGAGACGAAAAUAUUUACUUUGAAGAGAGGAAUGACAAUGAUUUCAGAGGAGUGACUCUAAAAGGUGUAUAAAGGGAUGAAUCUGUUCCUACCUGAUUAGUAGUUUGAAGUUGAUGCAUUUAUCCAUAAAGAAAUUCUUAAAUUGCCAACAUUGAUACAUUGAUACAUUGAUAUUAUAUUUUAUGAUAAGAUUGUAUAUAUUUGAUCCUGCUUCACAUACAGUAACGGCCAGUUACUGUUUGGUUUGCUAUAGAUUAGCUACUGUUAUAUUGUGAUUGGAUAGUGUUGUUUGUGAUAAGUGGUGCUAUGUUGUAUAUGAAGAACACGUCUUGUAUUUGACACAUGAAAAUAACAUGACAACUUACCGAAAACAGGUGAGAUUGUUUGGGACAAAAGUGUUUAUUUCCGUGAUAAUAUACUUUUUGUGAGUCCAACAUAUUUACAGUUUGGCUUGUUGUCUUCAACUGUUGUACUUGGAUCUUGGUCAGGUGUUUCAACUUGCUAAGACCAUGAGAUCGGGUACAGUCAUGAGAUUAUCUUAUGGUAUAGGUUAUGACCUCUAUUUCUUCUCUGGUGAGUUUGCUUGUAGAACAUGUUAAGUGAAGACACUGUCGCAACCCUGUAAUAAUUCGACAACUUGACAAGACUGGCUAUGCAGGGAUUCACGACUAGGGUAGAUACAAUAAAACAGCUAUUGAAAGAUCAUGUAGACUUG